AUGCGCAGAAUUAUUUUACCGAUUUUAUUGAUACCUUUAACAUUAUUCUGUUGGUUUCGCGCAUAUUACUUACAUAAAAAAGCAACAUCUUCACUUUUCGUGAAAGGUGAAAAACAAGUUCAAGAUGUAUUACAUACUUCACCUUUGACAAGCACUGAUCCGGUUUUACAGAGGUUUGAUAAUAUCACCAUAAGCGACAGUAAAAAUAAUCUGUUUUAUUUUAUGCAGAUUACAGACUUGCAUAUAUCGAAAUUUCACAAAACUGGCGGUACUUCGCACUUUUUACAUUUCCUUGCGACAGUUCUCCCUGUGAUUAAGUCGCCAGCAUUCGUUUUGGUCACUGGCGAUUUGACUGACGCCAAAGAUGAACAUUUUGUAACUUCACAACAAUUCGUUGACGAAUGGGUAACAUAUCAGACCGCAUUACAGGAAUCAGGUGUUCUUAAUCGGCCAAGAUUUUGGCACGAUCUGCGUGGAAAUCAUGAUUGUUUCAACGUAGGAUCGUGGGAAAGUGAACAAAACAUGUAUAAAAAAUAUGGUGUAGGAAAGCGAGAAGGAUUCGAUUUUAUAGUAGAAAAGGAUUUUGGUCGUUAUAGAUUUGUUGGAAUUGAUGCUUGUCCUAAAGCGGGAGUAGCUCGACCCUUUAAUUUUUUUGGUUAUUAUGAGACAGAUGAUAUGGAUCGACUAGCUAAUAAGUUAUCUAACUCGUCAUUGUUUUCAAAUCACACAUUCCUUCUUGCACAUUAUCCAACGGCAACAACAUUAUUUGGAAAAACUUCAAAAGGCGAAACAUUUAGCGAUAUUUCAAGAUAUAUUAGUGUCUAUAUGUGCGGCCAUUUACAUAAAUUAGCUUGGGGUUUGGGAGAUCAACUACAAACAUAUCAACCAACUCAUUAUUUAGAGUUGGAAUUAGCAGACAUGAAAGUUAAUGCUAUUUAUCGUAUUCUUGCAAUUGAUCACGAUCUUGUAAGUUUUACGGAUGUGGAAUUACCAUUACAUGAAAUUCCCUUGAAGACACCACCACCACCUGCGCCAGGAUUUUCGAUACUGCCGGAAAAAAUAGCUUUUCCUCCAGUAAUCUUAAUAACAAAUCCAAAAGAUUCAAGAUAUUUCAUGAAAUACCAUGAACCCGUGCAUAGAAUUAAAGAAAGUUCGCAUAUAAGAUUAUUAAUAUGGUCAGAUCAUGAUAUCGAGGAGGUUGAAAUAUUUUUGGAUGGAAUAAAGCAUAGUGAGCAGAUUAUUUACAGAGGCAAUUCAAAGGAAGACAAAGAAGACUAUAUUCCACUUUGGGUGGCAUCAUGGAAUCCUAAGCAAUUUGAUGAUAGAAAAGAACAUUAUAUUGUUGUAGAAGCACGUGAUAUAAUGGGGCAAAAAGGAAAAAGUAAAGUGAUAUUUCGCGUUGAUGGAGAAAGAAGUGAUAUGCGAGGUGGUAUAAGUGAAUUUUUGAUCGGUCUAGAUUGGGCUUUAGUGAUUCGAACUACGUAUAUUUUUGGACAUCUAUUUACGACUUUAAACAUGCUUUUUACAAAACUCUAUGUUACAUUCCACCCGCGUCAUCCAUUAGCUCUUGUAUCAUUCCAUAAUUCACCGAAAACUUUUGUUCAAUCUUAUUUUAGAAAGACAUUUCUUUUAGCAUCACAGCCUAUUUUCUUUUACACGCUCUAUUUCUAUCUUCUAUCAUCAAUUACACUUCCAUGGUUUAUGGGAAAUAUGAUAUCAACUGAAGGAGAUGAUGGAGUUGGACUAUUUUGGUUGUUCGGAAUUCAACUUAAUUCUCGAUGGCUCCCGAUAUUUGACACAUGGCGAUAUGCAUUAAUAGAUCAGUUAGUUUGGUCAGUUGGAGCAGUUAUAAUCUGGUUUAUGAUAAUUACGGGAGAGAGAAAAUGGAAGAGAAGAUAUUGGAUUUUGGGGUUUGCACUUUGGUUAUGGAGGGGAUCAUCUUUGAUAAGAUUGGCAAAUCAAUAUGGAAAUUUAGCUGUAUGGACAAAUGUACAAACAUUAUGGUGGGCAUUUUGGGGAUGGUAUGGAUUGUUAAGAGAAACACAAACACAAUUAUAA